UUUUCUUCUUUGAAAUUGCUAUAAACCAUGAAUCUCCAUUCCCAUACCAACCAUUUGUGUAGGCACUCUGUAUUCUAACACAAACUUGUGUGUCUAUUUUUAUAUUACCGUUGGCCUAGAAACUUAAACGAAACACAGAUUUCUUCGGAUUGUAAUUGUGUAGGUGAUUUGUGUUGUUGUCAUACAAUCAAAUACAAAUUCAAUUUUGUAUACAUAUUUAGUUCAUUUGUAAGUGUAAGUGUGAUGUUAGUUCAAGUUAAUUUGUGUGUGUUUACAAUACAAGUGCAUUCAUUUAUUUUCCAAUUGAGUAGUAGUGAAACAUGAAAAUAACAAAACACACGUAACCACUUACCCAAGUGGCUGUGUUUAGUCAGUUUAUCAACAACAAUUUACUAUGCCACAAUCAAGCAACAACACAACUUUAAUAUCCAAUAUUAGCCGUAAGGACCGAACGAAAAUCUCAAGAGACUAUAAGAAGAUCAAAUGCCUUGAUACACUGGCAAAAAAGUACCAAUGCACCAUAGAUCAGAUACAAAUGAUCGUCAAUGAAAAGAAGAAGAAAAAGACGAAUACACCUGCAACUGUAGAAACGAAUUCUCAUUUGGUUAGCUUGCUGGAUAAAGUUGUAUACGAAUGGUUUCAGAGGGCUCAGAGACUCAUUGAAACGGGCACCAUUACUGAAGAAAUGUUUCUUCAAAAAGCUCACGAAACUUCACAAAUUUUUGGCAUUCAGAAUCUAAUACCCGAUCAUGAAUGGGUAAGGAAUUUUCGAAAGAAGUACAACAUAACAAAUUUGGACAUGACAAUGUUGAGAAUUGAUAAUAAUAGCAAACCUCUAUCGGCAGAUAUUAAAGAAGUUGUUAUGCAUGUUUUGGAAAACAAUCCAAUAACUGAAUACUUCACAACAAAUUCGAAUCUUCAUCAGAAUACCGCAGAAAGUACAACGAGUCUCGUGGCAGUGAGCCCUAAUCAAGAUGAUAGAAGUCGAAUUCAAUAUACUAAUUAUGAAAGUAACAGUGAAAUUAUAACAUCUGAUAAUAUGGAAAUACCAGCUGAUGUUCAAAUUGAAGUAUUGCCACCAUCAGGAGCUGUAAUAAGAAAUGAUGAGGAAGCUAGGCAACAUUUGAAACCACUGGAAGAGUAUGUUUUGUUGAAAGAGAAUUUUCGAGCUAUAGGACUUAUAAGUCAGUUAGAGGAAAUUUUUGCAUCUGAAACGAAUAAUUUUCAGCAGGGAGAAUAAUUAGUACAAAGAAGAAAUAAAUUUUAUUUAAGAUAUUUAAUAGAUAAUUAUGUUUAUAGUAAAAUAAGUUAUUUGAUAAAUAAAAACUUAUUUUUUAACUAUUCGAAAAUAAAUCUUUUUUAAUACUUUUUAUUUCUAGCAUAUAAAAUGGCUUAGACUUUUUCUUAGCACUUUUCGGUUCUUAGUUUUCAAAAGCUGGAUAGCUGGUAAAAUCUCAAAUUCGGAAGAUGUGAGUUGACGAAAUAAAACACAGACUUGAAAAAGUACACAAUUUUCAUAAGCGACAGCACUGUUUUUUACACUUUAACUAGUUGAUUGCAGUGCUGCCAUAAGAAUAUUUUAAGAACACUGCAAUUGCG